AUGCAUCUACUACCCAUCUUCUACAUUGUCCUAUUACACUUUUCUACAGUGUUCGCCAAAGCCAAUCACUCGGCUGGCUACUGCAACACAUUCGACACUUGUGGUAAAAAGUCGGUAUUUGGUAAACCAUUGCCGUGUGCCAAUUUCGUUCCAGCAUCAGAACCAAGCCAAGAAUCACGAGCAAAACUACAAAAAAUAUGUGGCAGGGAGUUUGAAUACGUUUGCUGUUCUCCUCAACAAAUUGAUGAGUUAGAAUCCAACUUGAAACGAGUUGAUGCAAUCAUUUCAUCAUGCCCGGCAUGCUACAAGAAUUUCUACGACUUUUUUUGUGAGUUUAGUUGUUCACCUAAUGAGUCGACAUUUGUUGAUAUUGUCAAGACUGAGAUAGCCAAAGAUACGGGCAAAGAGAUUGUCACUGAAAUUGACCAGUAUGUGUCACCAGAAUUAGCCGAACAGUUUUUCGAUUCAUGCAAGGAGGUGAAAUUCCUGGCCACCAAUGGGUUUGCCAUGGACUUGAUUGGCGGCGGCGCCAAAAACUAUUCUCAGUUUUUGAAGUUUUUGGGAGAUGAAAAGCCCUUGCUUGGUGGGUCACCCUACCAGAUCAAUUUCAAAUACGCGUUGGAUGAUAAACAGGAAAAAAGUGGGUUGAAAUUGAGACAAGAUAAAAUGUAUGCCUGCAGCGAUCAAGAGUACAGUUGUGCCUGUACAGAUUGUCAAGCAUCAUGUCCCAAACUUCCAAGCGCAAAGAAUUUGAGAAAGCAAUGCACGGUGGGCUUAGUGCCAUGUUUCACUUUUUCUGUUUGGAUGGUUUUGGUAUGUUUGAUUUUACUACUUGGAGGAUACCACGUUUAUUUAGCAAAUGGCAAACGCGAGUUUAGACGCCGGGGGUCAUAUGAGGAUGAAAACAACGACGAGAUUAUUAGCCCCUUGAACUAUGUAACUGUUCGCAAACCAAUUGUGCGUCGGUUCUCCGAUAAAUUGAAUUCACAAGUGCAGGAUGGAUUUGCAAGUUUGGCCAGGUUUUGCUCGUCAUUUCCUGGAAUCACAAUCGGUACGACUUUGACAGUGUCAGUGUUGCUAUCGCUUGGUAUGUUUAAACUUGAUAUAGAAACCAGUCCCAUUAAUCUUUGGGUCAGUCCUACUGAGCCUGCUUAUAUCAAUCAGCAGUAUUUUGAAUUAAACUUUGGCGAGUGGUUUAGGAUAGAGCAGGUUAUUGUGAGUACUAAAAAUGGGGAGCCUAUUUUCAACUGGGACACUAUCAAAUGGUGGUUUAACCAAGAGUCGCAACUUGAAAAGUUAAACUCUAAUAUCGACUUGUCUGAUAUCUGCUUCAAGCCCUUGGGAGACGCAUGUGCAAUUGAAUCAUUCACGCAGUAUUUCUAUGGCGAUCUCAACCAGUUAGAUGAGGAUAACUGGGCCCGUAAGUUGCAAGGUUGUGCCGAUUCACCCGUCAAUUGUUUACCUACCUUCCAACAACCUUUGAAGCCCACGUUGUUGUUUGAUGAAGCGGAUGUGUUGAAUGCGACUGCAUUUACUGUUACUGUGUUGAUUGACAACAACUCGUCCAACGAUACAUUAGUUGGUGAUAUUGUGUCUUAUGAACAUUCGUUUCAGGCCUGGGCCAAACAAUUACAGCAUAACGACUUGGGACUAAAUGUUGCCUUCAGCACUGAAGUUUCACUUACCGAGGAACUUAAUCAAUCGUCAAACACCGAUGUAAGGAUCAUAGCCAUAUCGUAUGUUGUCAUGUUUAUCUAUGCAUCCUUGGCUCUCGGAGGUAAGCUACCUACAAGAUCGAUACAAUCAUUGGUCAAGUCAAGGUUCAUGUUGGGAUUAAGCGGUAUCAUUAUCAUCCUACUUUCUGUCACUUCGUCGGUGGGACUUUUCUCCAUGUUGGGCUUCAAAUCAACUCUAAUCAUUGCUGAAGUGAUUCCAUUCCUUGUUUUAGCAAUUGGAAUCGAUAACAUUUUCCUUAUUGUGCAUGAACUCCACAAGAUCACUGAACAUGAACCUGAGUUGGAUUUGAUAUUGAGGAUAUCAUUUGCCAUGAGAAACAUUGGACCCUCGUGUUUCAUAAGUGCCAUUUUGCAAAUCUCAAUGUUUGUUUUAGCUACAUCGGUGGAUAUGCCUGCUGUGAAGAACUUUGCCAUAUAUAGUGCUGGAGCAGUCGCAGUUAACUUUAUUUUACAAAUGACAUGUUUUGUUGCAUUGUUGACAUUGGAUCAAAAAAGAUUGGAAGAGAAUAGAGUUGAUUGUGUACCAUGUGUUGCAAUUUCACCACCUCCCGUGCAACUAGAUGAUUCCGAAGAGAAGCAUCUCGAAUACGACUUUUCCCAUUGGAUAAAGAAAAAGUAUGCGCCUUAUAUCUUGGGCAAAACCUCGCGGCCAAAGAUAUUAACCUUUUUCAUUCUUUGGCUUGGUAUUUCCCUCAGCUUAUUCCCGGGUAUUAAUUUCGGACUUGAUCAAAGAAUCGCGAUACCUAAGGACUCAUACCUUGUUGAUUAUUUCAACUCAGUGUAUGACUACUUCAAUUCAGGACCACCAGUAUUUUUCGUCGUUAGAGAUUUAGAUGUGACACAACGUGAUUAUCAACAGCAAAUAUGUGGCCGAUUCUCCGCUUGCGACAAGUUUUCCUUGGCCAAUAUCUUGGAACAAGAGUUUAAAAGACUGAAGAAGUCCAUGAUUGCUGAACCGACUAGUAAUUGGCUUGAUGAUUUUCUUACCUGGUUAAACCCUGAUUUGGACCAAUGCUGUCGAUUUAAAAAACUGUCCCUUUUUGAGACACCUCAAUUUUGUGGACCUCAUGAUCCUGAACGUCAAUGUCAAACUUGUUUCGCUAAUCAUGAUCCUCCGUAUGAUGCUAGUAUGAAUGCUUUCCCACAGGGCGAGGAUUUCAUGUUUUAUUUCAACCAAUGGAUACAAGAACCUAGUGAUCCCUGUCCGUUAGGAGGAAAAGCUCCCUAUGGCAAUAGCAUUUCACGUACUGAAAGUAAGAUUGAUGCUAGUUACUUCAGGAGCUCUCACAUUCCAUUACGCUCACAAGAUGAUUUCAUUGCUGCUUAUCGUAACUCCAUAAGAAUUGUUGAUGAGAUAAAAGAGUUGAUCCCUGGGUUGGAUAUUUUCAGUUGGUCGCCAUUUUACAUCUUUUUCGUGCAGUAUUUGAACAUUGUUGGCUUAACAUUUAGUCUUAUCGUUGGCGCCAUUGCCAUAAUUUGGGUUGUUUGCACCAUUUUAUUAGGUUCAGUUAGGUCAAGUACGGUAAUGACGGUAACUAUUGCAUCGAUUAUGGUCAACAUUGGUGGUGUGUUGGCGGUAUGGGAUGUGUCACUAAAUGCUGUCACUUUAGUUAAUUUGGUGAUUUGUUGUGGAUUAGCCGUUGAAUUCACCAUCCACUUGACUCGCGCCUACACUGUAUCCAAGGUAUCCAUAUUUGAGGAUGAAAAUGAAGAGGAUAUUUAUGAAAAUUUUAUCAAUUACAACAGUGUCAAUUCUUCAACUUCAGCAUCAGUGCAAGAAUUAAACGCAAAGAUUAGGUACCUGAAAGCGUUUAAUUCAGUUGUAACUGUAGGUGGCUCCAUCGUUGGUGGCAUCACAUUUACAAAAUUGAUUGGUAUCUCGAUCUUGGCAUUCACGAGAUCAAAAAUUUUCGAAGUGUACUAUUUCAGAAUGUGGUUCCUGUUGAUUAUUAUAUCAGUAUUACAUGCGUUGGUCUUGUUGCCUAUUCUUUUGAGUUAUUUUGGUGAUUUGAACAAGUCAAAUACAAUUGUGUACGAUGAAAGUCAAUUAGGACACCAAUUCUACAAUGACUCGCGAGAAGAAGUCGACUACGAUGACACUGGGUUGGACACGAGUGAUUAA